AUGUGGAGUGUUUCUGCUGCUAUUACCAAGAAUUGCGCCAAUAGAGUCUUCAGAAGCCCAGUGGCAACUUCGGUAUCCAAGACGGUAGCAUUGCGGUGGUCGUCGGCGGCAGCUUCUUCCGAAGAUAGUAGUAGGAAUGACAAUAAUGCACCAGUCGAUGCCUUUACGUUGCUGAAUUUGGACCGACGAUUUGAUAUUUCUCAAGACGAACUGAAGCAGUCCUAUCGACGAUUAAUGGCUCAGUUUCACCCUGACAAACACCAUGGCAAGCCACUCGCCGAGCAACAGGCUCUUUCCGAACAAGCCACUUUGGUGACACGGUCCUAUCAAAUACUCCAACAAGAUUCGACACGAGCCACCCACAUGCUUCAAUUGUUGGGAAAAGUGGAGGAUACCUUUGACGAAUCAUCUUUGCAAGAAUUACUGGGAUCCAGCCCUGCAUCCUCCAUGCUGUUGAUGCAAGUGAUGGAAAUUCGAGAAGCGAUUGAAGAAGCCGGGUCGGAUCAAGCCAAGUUGCAAUCAUUGUCGGAAGAAAACAAUACGCGCAUGCAAGAGGUGGGGGAAGAAUUGGCUCAAGCCUUUGACGCACAGGAUUUAGACAAGGCCGUAGAGCUCACUAUCAUGUUGCAAUACUACAGUCGAAUAGAAGAAACUAUUCGAGACAACAUGGAGAUUUCUUGA